UCACAAAAUCAGAGAUGAUUGAAUACUACGAUGUGAGUGGCUGUUACAUUCUCCGUCCCUGGGCUUUUUCCAUCUGGGAAAGCAUCAAAGAGUUUUUGAUGGUGAAAUCAAGAAACUUGGUGUGGAAAACUGCUACUUUCCAAUGUUCGUAUCCCAGGCUGCGUUGGAAAAGGAGAAGACACACAUUGCUGACUUUGCCCCGGAGGUUGCCUGGGUUACACGAUCUGGCAAAACAGAGCUGGCUGAACCAAUAGCUGUACGUCCUACUAGUGAAACAGUAAUGUAUCCUGCCUAUGCAAAGUGGGUUCAGUCACACAGGGAUCUCCCCAUCAAACUUAAUCAGUGGUGCAAUGUUGUGGUAAGUGCAAGGUAUACUGGAUAUUUGCUGUGCUUUACCCAAUAUGCUCAUUCUUAAUCAAUCCAUCAAUCAAUCAAUCAAU